AUGGCAGGAAUUAGAUACCUAUUCCAUGAAGAAGAAUGGUUCCCUCCCUCGCAGCAAUUUUCUCCAUCCUGGCAUUUUCUCUGCUCCUCAUCCCAUUCCACCAUCUCUGCUCCUCAUCCCAUCCCACCAUCUCUGCUCCUCAUCCCAUCCCACACCAUCUCUGCUCCUCAUCCCAUCCCACCAUCAAUGCUCCUCAUCCCAUCCCACCAUCUCUGCUCCUCAUCCCAUCCCUCUAUCUCUGCUCCUCAUCCCAUCCCACCAUCUCUGCUCCUCAUCCCAUCCCUCCAUCUCUGCUCCUCAUCCCAUCUCUCCAUCUCUGCUCCUCAUCCCAUCCCACCAUCUCUGCUCCUCAUCCCAUCCCACAAUCUCUUCUCAUCAUCCCAUCCCACCAUCUCUGCUCCUCAUCCCAUCCCUCCAUCUCUGCUCCUCAUCCCAUUUCACCAUCUCUGCUCAUCAUCCCAUCCCCCCAUCUCUUAUCCUCAUACUAUCCCACCAUCUCUCCACAUCAUCCCAUCCACCAUCUCUUCUCAUCAUCCCAUCCCACCAUCUCUGCUCAUCAUCCCAUCCCACCAUCUCUACUCCUCUUCCCAUCCCACCAUCUCUUAUCCUCAUACCAUCCCACCAUCUCUCCUCAUCAUCCCAUCCCACCAUCUCUGCUCCUCAUCCCAUCCCACCAUCUCUGCUCAUCAUCCCAUCCCAACAUCUCCGUUCCUCAUCCCAUCCCACCAUCUCUGCUCAUCAUCCCAUCUCACCAUCUCUGCUCCUCAUCCCAUCCCACCAUCUCUUAUCCUCAUACCAUCCCACCAUCUCUCCUCAUCAUCCCAUCCCACCAUCUCUGCUCUUCAUCCCAUCCCACCAUCUCUGCUCCUCAUCCCAUCCCACCAUCAAUGCUCCUCAUCCCAUCCCACCAUCUCUGCUCCUCAUCCCAUCCCUCCAUCUCUGCUCCUCCCAUCCCACCCUAUCUGCUCAUCGUCUCUGUUACAUCAUCCCAUCAUCCCACAGAUGCCACAGAAGCAUCAGACACUUGGAUGA